AUUCCCUGGCGGGCCGAGCGCCCCUCUCUCCCGCCCCUCCUCCUCCUUUUCCCACCCCUCGCAGUGGAGCUGCACAUGCGGCUUCUCCUUGCUCGGUCCCGCCCAGCCUCCGUCGCGGGAACGGGUCCCUGCAGCCCCCAGCCCAUGGCAGGACAGUAGCCGCCUGUCAGGGGUCGUGAACGGCUGAGGCAGACGCGGCGGCUCCCGGGCCUCAGAGAGUGGGCGUCUCCAGAGGCCAUGGGCUACCCCGAGGUAGAGCGCAGGGAGCCCCUGCCUGCGGCAGCGCCAAGGGAGCGGGGCAGCCAGGGCUGCGGCUGUCGCGGGGCCUCUGCCCGGGCGGGCGAAGGGAACAGCUGCCGGCUCUUCCUGGGCUUCUUUGGCCUCUCGCUGGCCCUCCACCUGCUGACAUUGUGCUGCUACUUAGAGUUGCGCUCCGAGUUGCGGCGGGAACGGGGAGCGGAGUCCCGCCUUGGCGGCCCCGGCGCCCCUGGCACCUCUGGCACCCUGAGCGGCCCCGGUGGCCUCGACCCUGACGGUCCCAUCACCCGCCACUUCGGGCAGCCGUCACUUCAGCAGCAGCCGCUAGAACCCGGAGAAACCACUGUCCCGCCAGACUCCCAGGACGGGCACCAGAUGGCCCUUCUGAAUUUUUUCUUCCCGGAAGAAAAGUCAUACUCUGAAACAGAAAGUAGGCGUGUUCGUCGCAACAAAAGAAGCAAAAGCAACGAAGGAGCAGAUGGUCCAGUUAAAAACAAGAAAAAGGGAAAGAAGGCAGGACCUCCUGGGCCAAAUGGCCCCCCAGGACCUCCAGGACCUCCAGGACCCCAGGGACCUCCAGGAAUCCCAGGGAUUCCUGGAAUUCCAGGAACAACUGUUAUGGGGCCACCUGGCCCUCCAGGUCCUCCUGGUCCUCAAGGACCCCCUGGCCUCCAGGGACCUUCUGGUGCUGCUAACAAAGCCGGAACUCGAGAGAACCAGCCAGCUGUGGUGCAUCUGCAGGGCCAAGGGUCAGCAAUUCAAGUCAAGAAUGAUCUUUCAGGUGGAGUGCUCAAUGACUGGUCUCGCAUCACUAUGAACCCCAAGGUGUUUAAGCUACAUCCCCGCAGCGGGGAGCUGGAGGUACUGGUGGACGGCACCUACUUCAUCUAUAGUCAGGUAGAAGUAUACUACAUCAACUUCACUGACUUUGCCAGCUAUGAGGUGGUGGUGGACGAGAAGCCCUUUCUGCAGUGUACCCGCAGCAUCGAGACGGGCAAGACCAACUACAACACGUGCUACACCGCAGGCGUCUGCCUCCUCAAAGCCCGGCAGAAGAUCGCCGUGAAGAUGGUGCACGCCGACAUCUCCAUCAACAUGAGCAAGCACACCACCUUCUUUGGGGCCAUCAGGCUGGGCGAGGCCCCUUCAUCCUAGAUUCCCCCCAUUUGACCCCUGCCCACGCCCUUGUCCCAGGUCUGGGAGCUGGGACCCCCAGAACCUCAAAGUGUUGCUGUGGAGUGAGGCAUAUGGGUGUUGCAGCUGCAGAGAGAAAGGCCCCACUGCUAUUUAUUCCCCAGUGA